UAAAUUUGAGCAAGAACAAUGGUCAAGAAGCAAGUUUUCUGAAUGGCCAAAGGUUGAUAGCUUGACUAGCAACAACUGUGAAUCGUUUAAUUCAACCAUUGUGGGUCUGCGGGGGAAAAUCAUACUGACAAUGCUUGAGGAGCUCAGAUUCUAUAUCAUGAAGACGAUGGCAACUCACAAGGACGCACUGAUGGCUUACACUGGACUUAUAGCCCCUAUACAAGUGAGUAGAUUAGAGAAGGAAAAAAAACAAGCUAACUAGUGGGAGGCACAGUGGUGUGGUGAUGAUGAACAUAACGAAUUUGAAGUCAGAAAGUGGCAACAUAGAGUCAGGGUGAACACAAGAGAGAGGACAUGUUCCUGCAGAAAAUGGCAGCUGACUGGACUACCAUGCUGUCAUGGUAUUGCAGCAAUCCAGAGGAAGAAUGAGAAGCCUGAAGACUAUGUCCAUCACAAGCUCACCAUCGAGGCAUACAACAGGACUUACCAGUUUCACAUUAACAGCAUACCAAGCCAAGAGUAUUGAGAGCACCAUGAAGGGUUGCCUUGUCUGCCUCCUCCAUACAAGAGGCCUAUUGGCAGACCUUCCAAGAAAAGGAAAAAGGACAGCAGCGAGCAAGACUCUGGGAGCCAAUACCAUGCCAAGAGAAGAUAUGGCCAGAUAACAUGUCAAACCUGCAAGAGAGUUGGACAUAAUAGUAGGACUUGCCCUGAGAGAUCAAAUGGAGCAGCAGCUCAAGAAGAAGGAAUUGAUGAGGAUGAAGCUAGAGAGCAAGAAGCUAACUGGGAGGAGACCAUGGAGGCUGCACAUGCUGCACAUGUUGCAGAUGAGGAAAACCUCACUCAAAACCACCCACAGAGUCAACCUGAUGAGAACACUGAGGCUGAUUUGUCUACCACAACAACUGCUGCACCCCCUAAUGCAGCCACUACACCAGCAACCAGCUCAGGACCAGCACCUCCAGUGGCAGCAAGGCCAAUAGAGCCAACACCACCAAUACCACCAACAAGAGGCAGAGGCAGGACCAUUCGAAGAGGAAGACCCCCAACCUCAACAGCACCUCAAACUAGGGUUGCCAGCCAUGAUGCUGGGUCUAAUUGUCAGAUCCCAGCCACACCAACCAAUGCUGCAGGACCAAGUACUGGGCCUGGGUCAAUGUCACAAGGUCCUUUGGGUAGGCCCACUCUGCAAGCCCAAUAUUCAGCAUCCUCUAGGCCACCAACUGUGACUAGGGAAACCAUGGCAGCAGCAAACCCAGCCACACAGAGCAGGUUCACAGGCUUCAUGUCCACCCCAUCCUUGAAGAAGAAAAAGCCUUCAGCAAGCAUCAAGAAGUGA